AUGUGUGACAUAUACAGUAAGUAUUAUACAGUCUAUGAUAGUACACACAUAAAGGAAUGACAUUUAUUUACCCUAUCAUUCUGAUCGUCUCUAAUAUUUCAGCAUCAUUAAGAUGUUAUAUAUCUGUGUGGAAUUAUGACUCUACCAAAGUCACCCUAGAAUGUUGUAAAUGAUCACAAGGCAGGUUGGUUCCCAUUACUUUGUGGUGUAAAAUAAGGAAGACGUGUGCUCUCGUGCUCUGUUUAACAGUAGGCCUAUUUAUAUAAAUGGUGUUAUCAUUAAAGUUAAAGGAUGCAGCCAUUAGUGUUAGAGUAAAGUAAAAUGAGAGUCAACCGCUUUGUGCAGAUGACAUAUUUCUCCUUGCAGAAACUGAAAGAGACCUCCAGAAAUUAUUGGAUAUUAUUUAAUGUUGAUAAAAUAAAUAUACUAAAAAGUAUGACAAAAAAAGUAAGAGAAGAAAUGGAAGAAAAGACGUAAAGAAUAAGUUUGCAUUUGAUUUAAAUAAAGGCUUUAUCAGACCGCAUACUGCUACUGCUGUAUGAGCUGUCCUCAGUACGGUGAAACUAUGUAGUGACCUUGGUUAUGAAACGUACACACAGCUGUUUAAAUCGCGGGUUUUUCAUAUCUAAGAUUAUAGUCCAAGUGGUUAUUGAUAACAAUCCAAAUGUGAGGGAGUUCAGAACAAAGCUCUGUGCUUUUUUCUGGGAGUGUAUAUAAAAACAUGAAAAAUCAUUAAUAUGCUGGUCAGACUCACUAAAAUCACUUUAUAAGGAUGAUUCAAACAGUUUUACCCAAGCUGCAGAGUUUGCAGAAAUAUCAGUUCUCCCAUUCAUCAAUACAAAAAUGUUAAUAUGUCAUUUGUGGGUCAAAUGAAAACUAAACUAUUCAAAGGUUACAAAGACAAAUAGUCAUAAGAAUACCUAUGUAAGCUAAAACGGUUUGAUUUAUUUUAUUUAAAGUUAUUGUGCUGGAAGUGCUGGUGUACAAUAUUGCGGUACACAGUAUUACACCCUUCGCUUACAUGAAAAGAAAAAUUACUUUAGUAUUUCAAAUAGGAGUGAUCAAGACAUCGGGCUUACUUUGCUCCAUCAAAUCUGGGCCUAUAAAAAAAAUAAUAAUAAGAAAAAAAAGAUGCAGUUGAGUUAAGAAUCGACAGGGAAUCAUAAUCCCAAACCUUGAAGUUUUUUGUUAAUCUGAGUGUUUGAUAUUGCGUAAUGCUGGGAGCGAUGCAGGUUGUGCAUUUGGAAAGUUUAUUUUAAUCAACCUGAUAUGACCUGUGUGAGCCUUUAUAUAAAGGUAGCAGCAGACUCAGAGAUAAGAAGCACACCAGCAAGAAUUCAGGUAAGGAUUCUCCUUAUUCCUUCUUUAAUUCUCCAGACAGAUCCUGCAUGGAGGCCACACAGCUCAGGUUUCAUUGCAGCAAAAAUUAACUGCUGCUUUUUCUUUCUUUUUUUUAUGUAAAUAAAAACAACCCAAAACAUUCACAACAUUUCACAAAAAUCAAACAUACACGGUCAGUAAGUAGCUGGUGAUUUCUAGGUGUUCUAGGAGCUGGUGGAGACCAAAAAAACAGAACAAAUGAACAUUUUGCCUCAUGUUUACUUGAGUUCUAUAUGUCUGGAGGGAGUAUCGUGCUUUUUCAUAUUUUACAAAUAAAUAUAAAGUUGAAAGUUGCACCUAAAUUUUUCCAACUAGGUUAAAAUAAUCAGGAAAGCAAAAGUUCAGUCCCCAGGAAACUUACUGUGGUGUCUUGUUUAUUACAGUAAUGUUUGACAUAUACUAAGACAAUAUAGAAAAUAAACCCCCCGUGACAGGAUGGCAAUUUGCACAUUUAGUCUGAUGACAGCAGUUGUUUAAUCUCAACAGAAAUGGUUUUAUUUCAGUAAAAAGUAGUGGGAUAUUUUGGCUUUUAGAGUCUUUGGCCUGUUGAUGUGCCUGUGGAGUUGCACUCUUCUAUAAUAUUGUGGUGUCAAAAUGAUCCACACGUCAUGUUUUUUGGUGUUGUGUGACGCUGAGAGAGAAACGACCUGUGUUGUGGGCGGUGAGAAAAAACUGAUAUGAGGCCUGAUGCUCUUUAAAACAUAUGGAAGAGCAAACUGUGCUGGGAAACACGGCAUCCACACAAUAGGUAAGACCAAAUCUGUUACCCCAGAUUUACUCUGAAUAACUUACCUCAAUACAAUACACGAUUAAAGUGAUUUCAGGAUAAGACUGCAGGAUACCUUUAACAUUUUUUUUUUGCACUAACACAGGUGUCUGAAAUGUGUUCAUUUAUGUCCUGACUAAGACUCUUGUGAGUCGAAACGCGUAGACACUAUCCCUAUCAAACAGGGGAGACUGGAGCUUGUUGUCACAUGGGUAUGUUGUUACAUUGCAAUUAUCUUCGCCACCAGAGGGCACAACUAAAACUUGGAAUACUAGUUUUAAUCCUUUUUAAUUGUCAGGGAUCGUGUCUAACCCAAAGUAAAAAAAAGAAAAAACUUUUUAUAUCAUGAAAUAAGUUUCUUUCAGAUAAAAAUCCUAGCAGUGAUACAUGUGGACUUGUUAGAGGAGAGAUUAAGGCAUCCUGUCAUACCUCAGUCAUUGUUCUGUUUUAAGGUAACUUCAAGCUGGAGCUAGAAUUAGCAAACAUGUUAGUUUGGGGCGACAUGUCUCAGUCAUUUUGGGGUGAAUUGUCACAUGUUUAAACGGGAUUAAAAUCAACAUAGAGAGUCUGCUUAUCAGCAGUUGUUAUAUCGAAAUUUUGACCUGGUUUAAAGAGUGGUUUAAAGGAGAGGAGAAAGCAAGAAGACAUGGUCAGGAUUUACAAAAGAAAAACAGAACAUGGCAGUGCAGUACCUGAUGUGAUGCUGAGGACAGUCAGACAGGUGACCCUAGCUAAUAAAUCAAUCUGGAGUACAAUAAAGGACUUUAAUGUCAACUACCAUACUUAAGCUCAGUACUGCAAAAACAUUCACCCCAGCCAAAAUACAGAGUCAGACAGCUCUCCAAACUCCAGAGCAUGUUGCAUGAUAUUUUAUGCUAACGUUUCUUCGAGGACUUUUUCUAACUCAAUGAUAAACAUUUUCUGUGCCUGACUUUGAUGUUCACUUUCAUGUAAAAAAAUAAGAACAACAAUAAUUUUGUGACAUCUUACCCCAUGUAGUGAGACAACUUACCUGAUGGUGGGGCACCAUGUCACAUGUUCACACUCUCGAGACAUUAAUGUUGAAAACAGUCCUAUAAGAUGUAACUUAAAGUAUUACUGAGAAAUGUCCGACAUAUUAUAACGGAAAUCAAUCUUAAGCAUUUUGAUGAAAGGUUUCUGAGCCGUUUUAUGUCUCACAGAGUGGGCUGCAAAGAUGGUAAGUCACAAUCUGUUCCUCUCUAUUAUAAACUGAAAAAUAAAGAAAAUUCAUGACAAAUUGGUUGUUAAAAAAUACACCAGGAUACCAGAAAUAAAGCUUUUGACCCUUAAAAUGUCUGUUUAAGUAUCAACACUAAGGGGAAAACCAAACUUUUCUUGAACUGCUUCAGUUCCUGCAUUAUGCACUUUCUGCUUAUAUAAUACAGUUUUAAGAAUCAACAAGGACUAAUAGGUUUUGCCCCAAAUACAGUACAGAUACUCAAAGUACAGUACUUAUUAUUUAGUACUGUACUUACUGCCCACCUCUGCUUAUUUCAAGUAACACGUGUCUUAUUAGAUUUAAUAAAAGCCACAGUCACUCAACAAGUUAAGAUACAUGUCUUGUUUUCAUUAGGCGUAGAAAUAAGACUUUAAGAUGAGCAAAAAUUGAUGCCCCCACCAGGACUUAAGACUUGAUUUUGAUCUAAUUCAUUACUAGAAGCUGAAAUCGAAUAUUACUAAAAUACCAUGCAGUUGCAAUUGCUUAGGUAUGCACUUAAUAAAGCAAAAAUGAGCAUUCUUACACCUGAAAACCACAUUGAUGGCUCCAGACCACAGGUUCAAGAUAAGUCAGGAACAUCUUGUGAACAAAAAAAACAAAGAUUAAAAUGAGUAACUUACCAAACAUAUCCAGGUGUUGUGGGACUAAAUUUUCCCACUCGCCUUCAGUAAGGAUGAUGAUGCAACAUCUCUCAUAUGUCUGAGCUGUGAGUGAGACCACAUGGGCUCAUCUUAUCUUACACUGUGAGGGAGGGAGGUGUUGUUUUCCAGGAUACAGAAGCAGCUGAAACAGGACUUUUUACCAGACGCUGAUCGACAAGUAUGGCCUUGCACAAAUUUAACAGUUUAAAAUGAUGACUUUGACUAUGGGGGAAAAAAAACCCAGUCCAGUUAACCAUUUAACACCAGUUUAGUAAACAGCAAAGAAGUGUGUACGGACCAGACUUUAUUAAAAGGUUGUGUUCACUGUGACUGAAAGAAAACUAAUAAAAUAAUCAAAUUAAUGAAGGUUUAUAUGUUACCUAAAAUCUACCGCUGAGGUAUUGUUUGUUGAAAAUAGACUCUAAAAUUUGGGAAAGGGAGUGCAAAGUCAUAUUGAUUCUUCUUUUUUCUUUUUUUUUUAGCAAUAGUUAGAUGAUGAAAUUAAGAGAUUAUAGUUAUUAAUUUAUAGGAAUUAAAUCCUUAAAAUAAAACUCCAGAGUCAGGAAAUAACAACUUUUUUCUCCAAAUUAAAAAAAAAAGUUUAAUUGACAACUUAUUUUGUACAAAUUGAUUGUAAUAAAUUUUGAAUUUAAAUUUUAUCCUUUUUUCUUGCAGAUUUAAGGCUUUUAUUUUUUCAAAUUAAUAUCGAUUAUGGACUUAAGACUGCAGCUUUAUCACAAUUAAUUAAAAAGUCUAUUCUUAUAAAAUUUCAACUUCUUUUCAGAAAUGUAAAACUUUUUUUUUAUAUAUAGAGACAGAUUAUUGAUCAGACCUCUCAAAUGACCAUGUGGCUGAUCAACAUUGAGUCAAGAAUGUUUAUGUGUUAAAUGCUGGGAAAUCUGGGUGAAUAUUUACAGAGUUCAAUACUUUUACUCCUGCUUGAGAUGUUUCAUUGAGGUACAGUCUCAGCAAAAGUUUGACUGAAUUAAAAUAGAGGAGGAAAAGGAGGGGUGGUUAGUCUGGUGGCGAAAGCAUGUGGCCCAGACCCAGAAUCUGUGGUCCUCAUGGUCACUGGUUCAUCUCGGGGCCAUGAGCCUUUUCUGCAUGUUUCCUCCGCUCUUGUAUUAAUAAAGGCAAAAAUGCCCACCAUAACAAAAAUGUAAGAAUUUAAAUUGUUACACCUGAGGAAAAGUUUGGUUUCCUUUGCUUUAACCUUUACUCUGUCCUCUCCACAGCUUGUUGUGCAGUCAUGGCCUCCUCUCUCUCUCUCUUCCUGCUGGUCCUGUCUGGUCUGACUGUGGCUCAGUCCGACGUCAGAAUCUUUGACCUGAGAGCCACCGGCCUGCCCUCUGACAUCUUUGGAACCACAGAUGGAUAUGUUGUGGUGUACUGCGGUUCGGCUUCUCUGGGGAAGACUGUGGUUCGCCGUGACACUGUCAACCCGUGGUGGGAAGAGGAGUUCUCCCACUUCCAGGCUCAGGAGGGCGAUGUGCUGAGGCUGGAGGUUCACGACAGCGACUUAAUAUUCGAUGACCUGUUGGGAAUCUGCCAGCGCAACAUCAGACCGGGAACCCACCAUCACGACUGCUACCUGGAAGAAGGAGGAACCCUUCAUUACUCCUACACCCUGAGUCAGUAA